AUGGUUCCAAGCAGUCUGGCUGCAAGGGGAGGGGCCUGGCGGCAAGGGGAGGAGUCUGGCUGCAGGGGGAGGGGCCUGGCUGCAAGGGGAAGGGCUGUGCUUAAAAACUCUGCUGCUGUUUCCUGCUUCUGCUUCUUCCUCCUCCUCUUUGUGAAACUACUGCAAGACUUUUACCUGUUCAGGAUGGCCUGGGUCGAGUACCUCAAACAGAUGACGGAUAUGGGCCCCAAAAUGAAAGCAGCUGCAAUCCAUGGUCACGAUGGAUCAUUGUGGGCCACCUCACCAAACUUCAACCUGAGUGUGGAAGAGGUGAAUGGUUUCCAGCGUGAUGGCUCAAUGCUGUUCCAGACGGGUUUGCGUUUGGCAGGAGUCAAAUACGUUGUGCUGCAAAACAAUCUAAAAGACGAUAGUAACCCGUUCAUGGCUGUGAAGACCUCCGGGGAGGCCGAACUCUGCAAUGGCUGCAUCUACAAGACCAAAAAGGCUUUCUUAAUCUGCAUUGGUGCGCCCACAACCCCGGGAGGAGCUAUAAAUGAGAUUGUCUACAAACUUUAUGACUACCUCACAAAAUUGGAUUAUUAA